AAUUUUAUCUCAUAGGCGCGCGAACGAACACGCUUGAUCUGAUUUGUACAAUCCCCUUCUUUUAAGCUUUUGAUGACAUUGUCCCUUGUCGGAUCCUACUCUCUUAACCUUUGAAAUGGCUGAUUCGAGUGCUGCUGAACCAACAACCGGUGCUUCUUCUCCCCCCGUGGCUUCUGAUGAGAACUCUACCCAGAUUCAACCGAUCCGGAUGCCAACCAUCGAGGAGAUCCGAGCUCAAGAGGUUUGGAACAACUGCGCCGUUCGCGCUGUUACUAGUGGAGUCAUGGGAGGAGGACUCGGGUUGAUGAUGGGUUUGUUCUUGGGGGCAUUAGAUAAUCCUAUUACGCAUGAUACUAUGACGGCUAGGCAGCAGUUUGUGUUCACGGCAAAACAAAUGGGGCAAAGGAGUUGGAAUUCCUGUAAGACAUUUGCAGUUAUGGGUUUGGUUUUCUCUGCUGCAGAAUGCAUUGUCGAAAAGGUAAUACCUUGUUUAUUGACCAAGAAAAACAAGGAAAUUCCACUACUAACUCAUGUAUCAUAACUUCAAAACCUUAUUAUCGACUUUUUUGGUUUACCUCUCUGAAAAAGGCAAGAGCUAAGCAUGACACUGUAAACACCGCUAUAGCUGGAUGUGUUACCGGUGGUUCAAUGUCCGCCCGAGGUGGGCCAAAAGCUGCGUGUAUAGGUUGCGCUGGAUUUGCAACUUUCUCUGUACUCAUAGAGAAGUUCUUUGAUAGGCAUACAUAAACCAGUGAGAUAUCUAACAGACGCCAUUGCUGAGAUUUUUUUGCUGCUUCUUUUCUGUGAUAGUGAUACAGUUCAUCACCUGAACCCAGGGAGAUAGAAGCUAGAAUUACACUUUUCAAUAUAGAAUAAGCAAGGCUUGUGUUGAUUGCAUAUACUUCAAUUGUUGUUAUUUAUCAUAGAUUUCAUUAGACUUUGAGGGCUCCAAUAUUUAAGUAAGUGAAUUAGACUUGAGGGCUCCAAUUUUUAAGCAAGUGUCCACAGAAAUUUAGGGGGUUCCCUUUGCACAAUGUUUCAAUUCUCAGAGUUUGAAGUUUCACUCGUAUAUUAAUCUGCUUAAUGUAAAAACCUUUUAACAUUAAGACUGGUCUUAAGGCUAAUAAUCAUAAACCAGACCUAAGAUUGAAACAGAGCUAGGAAUAGUUGGCCAAACAAAUACACUGUUAAAACUGAUUUGUAUAUGAAGAAAAAAAGAAGUGUCUUCUUAACGUGAGACAGCAGGAGAAACUUCAUUACAAG